GGUGAAGAUUGCGUGUGGCUGUCUUGCUCUGUCCAUCUCCCACUGCCCAUCAAAGGUUAUCUGUUUUUUCUCUGAACCCCAUCAAAGAUUUAUCUAUUCGUGCACUUGUAUCCUCUCUUUGCCAUUCUCUCUCACUCUUACUGGUACCAAGUAUGUCAUCGGCUGUGGUUGCAGCAGGUUCUUCCUCCUCCUGCACUGCCACCUUCACCAGGAACCAUGCCAUCACAACUUCUUCAAUAACAGCCGCAAAGCCAUUCAUAGCAUCGAAAUGCCAGAAAACCACCUUCCAAGGCAUCUCACUUCAAGAAGCCAAAAGGGGUGUCUCGGAUUCCUUCAUUGCUGAGAAUAGAAGCAGUUUCACCGAUGCAAGAAGAGGACUUCAGAUCACAGCAAGGACUGCUGGGGCUUCAAAGACAAUUGAGGCUGAGGUUGACAAGCCACUGGGCCUCACUUUGGGCCAAAAGCCUGGAGGUGUUGUUACCAUAACUGCUGUAGAUGGGGGUGGAAAUGCAGCAAGAGCAGGACUAAAGGCAGGUGACCAGGUUCUUUACACUAGCAGUUUCUUUGGAGAUGAGCUAUGGCCGGCUGAUAAGCUGGGAUUUACAAAAACUGCCAUCCAAGCAAAGCCAGACUCUGUCUACUUCGUUGUUAGCAGAGGUGCUGAGGUAGAUGUUAAGCGACUACCAAAGCGUCCAGCUCCUCCUCGCUUUGGAAGGAAAUUAACCGAUGCUCAGAAGGCUAGAGCUACUCACAUAUGUCUUGACUGCGGAUUCAUAUACUUUUUACAGAAACCUUUUGAUGACCAGCCGGAUUCAUAUGUAUGCCCUCAAUGUAGAGCACCAAAGAAGAGGUUUGCACUGUAUGAUGUGACCACCGGAAAAGCUGUUGGUGGAGGGUUGCCGCCAAUUGGGGUCAUCAUUGGACUGGUGGCUGGUAUUGGUGGAAUUGGAGCCUUGCUUGUUUAUGGUCUUCAAUGAUACUUCUUUCUGUUGCAUUCAGAUUAUGGAUCCUUUGCCCUUCUCCCCAAAUUAAUCUGCCUGCUUUACAUGACACCUUAAAUUCCCAAGUUUGUCUUUGGUAUUCACUAUCUCAGGAGCUCUACUCUUGGAGCCUUUCUGUGUUGUGCAAUGGUGUAAAUCUGAAAAGAUCUGCUUCAAGAAAAAGAAACUCCAGGAGCAACCUUUGUGACCAAUAGAAUUACUCUCAAGUGCAUAUAGAGGUUCAUUUGUUCAAA